AUGAAACAAAUUAAGAAAAUGCUUCGCAAACAUGAGGACCCCCUGCUCCAGCUGUGGAAUAGGAAAGAAGAAAACAAACAACCGACAAGAGAUGAUGUCGUUCAGAUUCUGAACAUAGCAUUCCUCGAGUCCGGGGAGCCCUGCAUUAUUGGGCAGAAGUACAAGUUCAAGGAAAACCUUUAUGAACUACCGGUUGAAUCUUCGCGCUUUGGCAUUUGCAUUGUCUCUGACAUCUUAACGUUGCUGCAAGCUUGGCCCCUGAAGGAUGCUAGGAAAGCUAUGGCUUUUGCAAUUGUGAAAUUCAUCAAUAAGCGGCUAGUUGAAGUCGUUCCUUCAUCAUGGAUCAAUGGAAGCAUGUGUUUCUGGCCCUCUGGAAAGCCUGAAAGAAUUAACAAGUUGGUGAGAGCUUCAGCGAAAGCUCAAGAAGAUUGGAAGCAGCAUGCUGUGGAGAUCAAAGAAGUCUUCUCUUCUAAUGAGCGAGCCAGAAAAAAACUGGAAAAGUCACAGUUUACGUCGGAUCUCGCCUCAACUGAUGAGGAAGUGCAGAGACGGCCAGUGCAAAGGCCCAGACGGUUCACAUCUGAUUCGAACUCUGACGGCUCACCACCUAAAGAAAAAAGCAAAAAAAGCAAGCAACCAUGCAUUGACAGUGCACCAACUCUAUCCAGCACUACCAGAGGAUUUUCCCUCUUCACUUGCAUCAGCCACUGCAGCUUCGGGCAUGAGACCGGCCUUGGCACCUCAGCUCAUAGCCCAGCAAACAUGAAGAAGUGUACAAAAUCUCCACGAAAAAAUGAUGGCCUUUCUCAACGAGUCUUUCAAAAGCAAGUUCUACGACAUCUGCAAGUAAUGAGGCUCAUGCUGGAGCAAAACAGAGAACUUUUGGAAGCCCUGCAAGCUAAAAACAUGCGCAGCGAAGCCAUAGUCCCCUCACUUCUGCCAGAGCCAUUCAAUGACGUGCAAGAGUUCACAUCGUUUGACGAGACAAUUCAGGAUGCCACAAGAGAUCAGCUGGGUGCACAGAACUGAGGUCAUCUCAAAUCGCCAAGCACAAGUUGUCAAGCCCAAGUUAUCAAGCCCAAGUCGCCAAGACCAAGUUGCCAAGUUUGUUGCCAAGAAGGCAGCAAGUUUUUUUUCAUGUUUUAUAUUUUAUGUGUUAUAUUUUAAACUUGAUAUAAACUAUAAUAAAGAAUUCAAUGCCUGUAACGCCAGACAGAGGUAGCUCUU